AUGGUUAGUGGAAAUGAAGGUGCAGAUUUAGCACAGGCUGCUGUUAGUGCAAAUGAAGUUGCAAAUUCAGCACAGGCUGGUACAGAAUCUGCGUUGGGCAUACAUAAUGCACCUUCUAAUGGGCCUGCUGUUGUUCCCACUCCUAGCCAAGGACCAGAACAAGUGCAAAAGACUAUAGAAGACAGUGAAUUAGUGAGCAAUAAGAUGAGUAUCCAACCUAGUCACCUCACUCGCAGCAAUGCCAAUAGAUCACUUUUCCCAAAUGACAAAGGCAGUAAUGAGUCUUUGAAGUUUAUUACUUCACAUACACUGAGGAAUAAUGCUGCAAGUAAAAAGCGAGUUUUGAGAAAUAAAUGA